AUGGCCAAGCAGCCCCCCGAGGUGAAGGCGCAACGCGACGGCGAGGGCGGGCGGCUGCCGGCGGCGGAGGGGCCGGGCCCGGCCGCGCAGCUGCGCCCCGGCGCUCCCGCCGCCCUGCCCGGCUCCGCCGCCGCCGCCGCCACGGCGGGGCCUCCGCCGCGGGGCCCGCCCGCCAGCCCCGGCCCCUUCGCCACCCGCUCGCCCUUCUUCAUCUUCGUGCGGAGGUCGCCGCUGCUGUCGCGCUCCUCCAGCGGGUACUUCUCCUUCGACGCCGAGCGCAGCCCCGCGCCCCUCAGCUGCGACAAGGCCACGCAGACCCCCAGCCCGCCCUCCCAGGCCCUCAGCCACUGCCUCAGCGCCAUGGGGGACAGAUCUCCCUCGCUAGCAGAAGACAUACAGCCCGAAAUUUGGAUUGCACAGGAGCUGAGGCGCAUCGGAGACGAGUUCAAUGCCUCUUACUGUCCGAGAAGGGUAACUUUCGUCUUUUUACUUUCCAUUUCUUUACGCACGGUCUCUAAAAGGGAAAAGCUUAAUCAUCUCUGGAAACUAGUUCUGCGGUGAAUGUUUCGUUCACUCAAAUGUAGAGAAGGAUGCGCGGGUGGUUGUGUUCGCCUGGAUGCAGGGGUGUGCUGCCUGCGCCGGCGAGUCGUCUGCUGCUGCAGCGUCAUUAAAUCAAUUAAAAAUAACCUUUAAACUGGGACUUGAGGCUUUCGGGUACGACGUUCGCAGUAUCUUCCGCAGCACCCGGGGCUCAUGAAGCACGCUGCUGGGUUGGGACUGGACCUGACGAUAAUGAGGAAGAAACUUCUAAAAGUUAAGAGGCAGAGAAAGUUUGGGUGUGUUGGGGU